AAAUUGGUAGCACUGAGAGUCUAAACAGUUUACAUGAACUGGUAACAGGAUAUUUUUCUCCACGCACCAAUAUUCAAAUGUAUUUGACCAUCAAGCUCUUUCCUCGUCGCCGGGAUCGCACAUUUGCAUUGCUCGCAUUGUUUUACAGACGUGACCAACCAAAUCCAACUGUACCUUGUAUCGCAAAGUCUUUGGGGACUACAAAUCUUCAUGUUUCCACAACAAGGUUUCUUUUGAAUAUUCCGAAUUUUCCAGCUAACUAUCUUACUGGCGUUGGAUGUGGACAAGUCGCUUGCGAUGGUCUUAAUUUGCCGGACUAUCAACUCGCUAUUCCUACUGACUUACUUUUUGACGAUGUUCCUACUGGCGUACCAGAUGGAACACCUGAUGAUUUUUCCUUAGAUUUAUGGGACAUACAACGUGCAUAUGAUCGUGCAUCACCAAGAUGA